AUCACUUGAAGAAAGGGUAAAUAGGAGAGAAGAACAGAGAGAGAGAGCUUCUUCUUGAAUCUUGACGACACUGAGUACCAAUCGCCCGCUUUGCCAUCGUCAAUCGUCAUCUUCUUCUUCCCUCGUUUUAUUUUUGGAACAACAAGAUGGGUAGCACGGUGGUUUUAAGCUCAGACGAAGAAGAUUCAGACAUGAGCGAAUCUGAAAUGGAAGAGCAUGCAGACAAAAUCUACCUAACUCUUAAAAGCGGAAAGCUGAAAGUGAAACUCUCUCCACAAGCUUUCACGUGUCCUUACUGUCCAAACAAGAAGAAACCAAGUUUCCAGUUCAAAGAUCUCCUCCAACAUGCUUCCGGAGUUGGUAACAGCAACUCAGAGAAAAGAACCUCAAAGGAGAAAGCUAGCCACCUUGCUCUUGUCAAGUACCUCCAAGAAGAUCUUGCUGACUCAGAAGCUGAGCCUUCAUCUAAGCGCCAAAAAACCGGAGACCCAAUUCAAGAUUGUGACCAGGACGAGAAGCUUGUGUGUCCUUGGAAAGGUGUUGUGGUUAACAUACCAACAAGAAAGACACAAGACGGUCGAUCGGCGGGUGAGAGCGGGUCCAAGCUUAGAGAUGAGUACAUUCAAAGAGGGUUUAACCCUACUAGGGUUCGUCCUUUAUGGAAUCACUGGGGGUUUUCAGGAACUGCUAUUGUGGAUUUCAACAGAGAUUGGAACGGACUGCACAACGCUCUUCUGUUUGACAAGGCUUAUCAAGUAGAUGGUCAUGGGAAAAAGGACUGGUUGAAGAAAGAUGGGCCUCCUAAGACAGGGCUUUACGCGUGGAUAGCUCGUGCUGAUGAUUACAACGGAAGUACUCUCAUAGGAGAAGACUUGAGGAAGAAGGGUGAUCUCAAGACUAUAGCUGAGGUUACGGAAGAGGAGGCGAGGAAACAGCAGAAGCUUGUGCAGAAUCUGACGCAGCUUGUGGAGGAUAAGAAGAAAGGGGUGAAGGAGUUUGAGGAGCUGUGUUCAGUGAAGUCUAGGGAACUUAAAGAGAGGUUGGAAGAGAAGGAGAAGAGUUUGCAAAAGCAUAACAGAGAGCUGAAUGCUAUACAGGAGAGAACAAUGGGUCAUGUUAACAAGAUCUUUGCUGAUCAUGAGAGGUUGAAGAUGAAGCUGGAGUUGGAGAAGAAGAAACUUGAACUCAAGGGUAUUGAGUUGGCUAAGCGGGAAGCACACAAUGAAACCGAGAGAAAGAAUCUCUCUGAAGAUCUACAACAGAAUGCCUCCAAGAAUAGCUCUCUUGAACUAGCUUCCAUGGAACAACAAAAGGCGGAUGAAGAAGUUAAAAAGCUGGCUGAAUAUCAAAGGAGGCAAAAGGAGGAGCUCCAUGAGAAAAUCAUAAGACUAGAAAGACAAAGAGAUCAGAAACAAGCCAUCGAGCUAGAGAUCGAGCAGUUGAAAGGAGAGCUAAACGUGAAGAAGCACAUGGGAUCAGACGGCGACGCUGAGAUUGUGAAAGAAGUGGAAGAAAUCUAUAAAGGUUUAACCGAGAAAGAAGAAGAACUCGCAGACCUCGACAAGUUUAACCAAACGCUUAUACUCAGAGAGCGCAGAACCAACGAUGAGCUUCAAGAAGCUCGUAAAGAAUUGGUUAACAUUAUGAAAGAGUGGAAGUUAAGUAUCGGUGUGAAGAGAAUGGGAGAGCUGGUGACGAAACCGUUCAUGGAUGCACUGCAGCAGAAGUAUUGUCAGCAAGACGUGGAGGACAGAGCUAUUGACGUUCUCCAGCUCUGGGAAGACUAUCUCAAAGACCCUGAUUGGCAUCCAUUUAAACGUAUCAAGCUCGAAAAUCAAGAAAGAGAAGUGGAAGUAAUAGAUGAGAGAGAUGAAAAGCUGAGGGAGCUAAAGGAAGAUUUAGGAGAUGGUCCUUAUAAUGCGGUAACGAGAGCAUUGUUGGAGAUAAACGAGUAUAACCCAAGUGGAAGGUACAUUACAACAGAGCUGUGGAACUUAAAAGAAGACAGGAAGGCUACACUUGAAGAAGGUGUCACUUGUUUGCUUGAUCAAUGGGACAAGUCGAAACGCCGCUGAUGCGGUUUUGUAGUUUCGGACAAAUGUCUUUGAAAAGGAACUUUGGCGGAUAAUGUUUUCUUUUUCCUCUUCUUUAUCAGAACUUACUAGUGGAUAAUGGACACAGCUUUGAUGUAUCAUAUUAUUGUUGUAAUA